AUGAGUGACGUUAACGAAGCUACAAGUUUGGAGCGCCUAAGAGACGUGCUCAUCAACAACACAGGAGACAUAAAACUGGCUCACAGGUUUCGGGCACUCUUCUUCCUGAAAUCCAUCGGCGCAGAGUACAACGAGAAGCCAGAAGAUGCCAACAAAGCCAUUAAGUAUAUUGGCGAGUGUUUUGCCGACUCUUCAGAGCUUUUGAAACACGAGGUGGCAUAUGUGCUGGGACAAACAAAGAACAUGACCAGUGCUCCCAUCUUGAGAGAUGUACUGGAAAGCAAGGAACAGCAGGUUAUGGUACGUCAUGAAGCUGCAGAAGCAUUAGGAGCUUUGGGAGAUAAGGACUCUCUCGAUUUACUGGUUAAAUACUACGAGGACCCUGCAGAAGUGGAAGAGAUUCGCCAGACUUGCGAGUUGGCCAUUGAGAGGAUCAAAUGGGAGAACUCUUCGAAGGCCAAAGAAGAGAAACUGGAGACUUCUCUAUACGAGUCCAUUGAUCCAGCUCCACCUUUGGCUAUCGACGGAUCCAAUACAAAGAUCUCCAAGCUUCAAAAAAUUUUGAAUGACCAGAAUACCCCAUUGUUUGAAAGAUAUAGAGCCAUGUUUAGACUGAGAGAUAUUGGUACUGACGAGGCAGCUUUGGCUUUGGCUACGGGAUUCAGCGACCCAUCCGCUUUAUUCAAACAUGAAAUUGCAUACGUAUUUGGGCAGCUGAGUAACCCUGUUACUGUCCCAUCUUUGGUACAGGUUCUGAAGGACACCUCUCAAGCGGCCAUGGUGCGUCACGAGGCGGCUGAGGCUCUCGGAUCUAUUGCUACCGACGAAGUCUUGCCUAUUUUGCAGGGUUUCCUCAAGGAUGAAGAUGAGGUUGUUAGAGAUAGUGCUGUGGUCGCUUUGGAUAUGUAUGAGUAUGAGAAUUCCAAUGAGGUUGAAUACGCUGCUGUUUAA